AGCUCUCGGCAGCAAGAAGCUUAAACGACAACAAAGUUAGCAGGAACCCAACGUUGUGUAACUCAGAUCACGGAUAAAGCGUCGGUUUUUAAAACGAGCAGAAACAUUUUAGCGGCCAAACAUCGUUAACUCUGCAUGAUAUAAUGUAGACGUGCGACAAAGAAGGAAGCGGGGAUUUUAAUGGACAAAACCAACCUUUACGUUUUUAUAGACUGACAUGGAAGAGACUCGAGUGAAGCUUGGAUAGCUUAUGCCACAGCAUUACGGAUACUAUCGACCAAGUUCAGUGUAACCAUCAGUGAGGCAGGAUGAUGUGCUUGGCUUUGAGGUCUGUGGGAGCUCAGCUGAGCAUCCUUACCCUGGCUUUGUGUUGUGCACUCGCACCUUCACCCACACACGCCUAUAUCUAUGCUCAUUAUAACAAUAUGACCUCCAUGUUGUUUGAGGAUCUGCCUGCCUUGUUUGGAGCUCCACUUCCCAAGGAGGGACUAAUGGGAAUGUUGGUAGAGGCUCGCCCACUUAAUGGCUGCACAGCAAUAGAACCUCCUCCUCCACUGCCACCGUCUAAUGAUGCCAAUGUCACCACAUUCAUAGCUCUCAUUAGGCGCUAUGAUUGUAAUUUUGAUAUAAAGGUGCUGCACGCACAGCAGGCUGGAUUCAGUGCCGCUAUCGUUCACAACAUGUAUUCGGAAACGCUGCUCAAUAUGAACUACAGCAAUGUCACCAUUGCAGAGGAAAUUGAGAUCCCUUCAGUGUUCACCAGUUACUAUGCCUCCCAGAUUCUCAGGAAGUUCAUCAUUCCAGAACAGGGGGCGUAUGUGAUCCUCAGGCCAGAGUUUGCUUUUCCACUCACAUACUAUCUCAUUCCCUUCACCGGAGUGGUAGGCAUGAUCAUUCUUGUGAUGGUUAUCAUCUUGAUUGUACGCUGUGUACAGUACAGAAAAAGGCUCAGGAAAAAUCGUUUAUCGAAGCAACAACUGAAGCGGAUUCCAAUCCACAGGUUUAGUAAAGGUGAUGACUAUGAUGUAUGUGCAAUAUGUCUGGAUGAAUAUGAAGAAGGAGACAAGCUGCGAGUUUUACCUUGUUCACACGCGUACCACUGCAGGUGUGUAGACCCCUGGCUCACACAGACCAAGAAGACUUGCCCCGUGUGCAAACAGCGCGUCACCCGGAAUAACCCGGAGCACUCUGAGUCCGAGUCCGAGGAGGAGGUCGAACGACGUGGAGAGGAACAAGGAGCAGAGGGUGAAGCUGACACCGAGCGCACUCCUCUGCUUCGCCCCUCCACCCCGGGGUCCCCCACUGGGAGCCCGGCUGCCUAUUCAGCUACCACCACCACAGUAACCACUGCCCAGUGCCUAGCCUCCCCUGCCCACUGCGACUCACCCAUCCUGGGCUAUGAAGGCUACUACUCCCCACAGGAGGACACGGACUCAGACAGUGACGACACGGGGGAUGACACACACCAUACUGAUGAUGACACCACUCAGCUCAUUGGUAGGGGAGGAGUCGGGGUCUGAGGGCCUGAAGUUAGCUGUAAUGAGAUUACUUAGAUUUACCUGAUAGAGGUUUUCUGUCGCCAGGUGUGCUAUUAUUAUCACACUACAAUUUAAAGUAGUGUGUGGAUUUUUGGUUAUGAAAUUGUCUUGGCUAGACAUUUUAAAACACUUGCCACUUUGAUUCGUUGCAACAAAACCUUUUUUCCCAGAAAUGGCAAGAGGCCUGCCUGUUUGUGUCAAAGCACAUAUGUUGAUCAGAGGAUUUCUCGAAAUCAAGCAUUUUAAUGAAACCUAUCACUCCACACCAUUCACACACACAGGUCUCUAGACUGUCUUUUAGCCGUUGGCCUCAGUGAGCACGUUUACAUGCACACCAUAUUCCUGUGUUAUUCAGAAUAUCCGCAAUAUUCCGGUUGCGCAUGAGUCAUGUAAACACGCACCAAACUUGAUUAAGGUCAUAUUCCGGUUGGAGAAUAUU